GCUGUCAAACGAAAAAGCCGUCAAUUUGCUGAAAAUUUACUUUUUCGUUCGAGUAAGUUCGAGGUUAAAAAGCAUUGAUAAUAAUUACUUAUUGUAGUGGUGGCGAGCAAAUUAUGAUAUGAAUAUUGGUGUUGGCGAAGCAAAAAUUACUCUUUACCUAUUGGUAUUUUGAUGUAACUAGCCCAGUAUUUUGCUGAAAUUCGUAUAAACUUCAGAAUGGACGUGGACACAGAUGGUCGGAAGUCUCGCUCUCGCAGCAGAUCGGUGGAGUCUGCUUCCAAGAUGUCGCAUGACGGGUCGCCUCACUCGCUGAAAUCCAAAUCGCGCAGUGUGUCUCGCUCGCGCUCGCGCUCGAAGUCCGCGUCUCGCUCUCGCUCGCGGUCAAAGUCCAAGUCCGUGUCGCGCUCCCGCUCCGGAAGUGCCCGCUCCCGCUCCCGCUCCCGCUCCCGCUCCCGCUCCGGCUCGGCCAAGUCCCGCUCCCCGAGCGGCUCGCCCGCGCGCUCCCGCUCCCGCUCGAAAUCUAAAUCGCGCUCGUCGCCGGCUAACUCUAGUAGUAGAUCGCGCUCCGGGUCCCGUAAGUCCCGCUCCCGCAGUGCAAGUCCCCACAAGUCCCGCAGCGCCUCGCCCGCUGACCGCUCAAAGUGCCGCUCGAAGUCGCCCGAGAAGAUGGAUGUAGACGACGACACUCGGGCGCGCUCGCGCAGUGUUUCUGCGGAGAAGGGAUCUAAAUCUCCUGCAGGCGACCGCGCCAGCCGCUCCCGGUCCCGGUCUCGGUCCGGUUCUCGGAAGAGCAAGUCCCGCUCCCGCUCUGGGUCACAUAAGAGCCGGUCUCGUUCCCCCUCCGGAUCUCGUAAGAGCCGAUCAGGGUCGCGGAAAAGCAAGUCUCGAUCCAGAUCUCACUCUGGAUCCAGAAGGUCCCGCUCUGGGUCAAGAAAAUCCCGCUCUGGGUCAAGAAAGUCCCGCUCUGGGUCAAGAAAAUCCCGCUCUGGGUCAAGAAAGUCCCGCUCUGGGUCAAGAAAAUCCCGUUCUGGGUCAAGAAAAUCCCGCUCUGGGUCAAGAAAGUCUCGCUCUAGAUCACGAUCUGGGUCCAGGAAGUCUCGCUCUAGAUCGCGGUCCGGGUCCAGGAAGUCCCGCUCCAGAUCGCGGUCCGGGUCCAGGAAAUCCCGCUCCAGAUCGCGGUCCGGAUCCAGGAAGUCCCGCUCCAGAUCGCGGUCUGGGUCCGCGAAGGCGCGCUCUCGGUCGCGCUCGGGCUCGAGGAAGUCCCGCUCCAGAUCCAAAUCUGUUGGCGCGGAAGGUUCCAGAAAGAGCCGCUCGCGCUCCAGGUCCAGGCCCGGCUCCAAGUCGAGAUCCAGGUCCCGCUCGCGCUCGCGCUCGAGCUCCGGCUCCGGCUCCGGCUCGCCGUCCAGGAGAGGCGUGAAGCGUCGCGGCGCGCGGCUGCGGUCGGAGGAGGAGCCGGCGCCGGCGCCCGCGCCCGCGCUCGGCCUCGGCUCCGACGACGACGAGCGCGCGCCCGGCAGCAUGGAGGCGACGGGCGGCAUGUCGGACUUCGAGCUGAUGUUGGCGCGCAAGCGCGACGAGCGGCGCGGCAAGCGGCGGCGGCGCGACAUCGACAUCAUCAACGACAACGACGACCUCAUCGCGCAGCUGCUGCAGCAGAUGCGGGCCGCCGCCGAUGAGGACCGCGAACUGAACCGCCGCAACCAGCCGGCCGUGAAGAAGGUGUCCAUGCUGAAGGCCGCCAUGUCGCAGCUCAUCAAGAAGGACCUGCAGCUGGCGUUCCUGGAGCACAACGUGCUCAACGUGCUGUGCGACUGGCUGGCGCCCAUGCCCAACCGCGCGCUGCCGUGUCUGCUCAUCCGCGACUCCGUGCUCAAGCUGCUGCACGAUUUCCCCGCGAUCGACAAGUCGCUGCUGAAGCAGUCGGGCAUCGGCAAGGCGGUGAUGUACCUGUACAAGCACCCGAAGGAGACCAAGCAGAACCGCGAGCGCGCGGGCCGCCUCAUCUCCGAGUGGGCGCGGCCCAUCUUCAACCUCUCCACCGACUUCAAGGCGAUGUCGCGCGAGGAGCGGCAGGCGCGGGACGAGGCGAUGGCGGGCGGGCGACCGCCGCCGCGCGCGCCCGUCGCCGACCCGCGGUCAGUGACCCCGACCCCGACCCCAAACCAGUGCGGUGAGACCCGGGGAGCCGGGCUGGGUGUCGCGCGCGCGCGUGCCGCUGCCGUCCAACAAGGACUACGUGUACCGGCCCAAGUCCACCUCCGACGUGGACAUGUCCCGGAUGAGUAAAAAGAAGAUGACGCGCUACGAGAAGCAGAUGAAGCGCUUCAUCGACCAGAAGCGCCUGCGCAGCGGCAGUCGGCGCGCCGUCGAGAUCUCCAUCGAGGGCCGCAAGAUGGCGCUCUAGACCACAAUUCAGAUAGGAAUCCUAAGAGCCAGGCCCUAUUUGCUUCGUGCCGCUCCGUUGUUUUCCUUGUGUUGAUAUUGAUGUGCGUUGCCUAUUACGUCGAAUCUCCAUACAAAUUCGGCGUUGUCCGAUCGAAAUAGAAUUUGAAUAGUUCGCACUUACAGAAAAUUAUUCUUUUAUAGCACAAACGACACCUAUGGCAUGACGGGACUAAUGAAAAUUGGUCAAGCGUGAGUUGAGCGUGUAUAAUUUAAGCGUAAGUUUUGAGAUUUUGUAGACUCAUGGUAUUCCUAAGUGCGCAUAAUUGAUUCGCGCUUGACCUUUUAGUUAAACUUAAAUGUAAAGUUAAAAAUAGUAAUAUUGUAAGACGCCAUUCAGUGGGGAGGCCCUUGUCCAGCAGUGGACUUGUUGUGAUGCUGCUUAGUUAAGUUUAUCCUAAUACGUUCGGUGCAAUUAAGUAUUGAAAUAAACACUUUAAAAUAAUUACGAAAACAUCAACUCGAUUCAUGUAAACCAUUUUUGUCUGCGAGAAGGCGCUCCUCUGUCGGGGCUGAUGGUUUCUGCAUUGCAAAAAAUUUGAUAUCGCAGUGAAAUGAUAUCAGACGACCGAAAGUUUGCUGAAAAUAUUCUGACGUAAUAAUUAUAUUUGUAAUAUAAUUAAUUUGACUAAUACAAUGGUCUGUACUAUUUGUUUGUCUUUGAGUGAUCUCGCGGAGAGAACGUUGUGCAAGUCGCUAGUUAAGUGAUUUAGUAAAUAAAGCAUAAAUUAAUUUUA